AUGCAGGAAAAUAGGAAGUAUUCUGAAGAAAUGCAGGAUGGGAUUAGGAAGAAAUUUGAGGAGAUGGUGCUGGUUGUGGAUGAGAUAUUGGAUGAGAAGAGAAGGGAGAAACGGGAGAUGGAAGGGGAGAUGAAGGGGUUUAAGGAGAAUUUUGAACUAGUGUUGAAUAAUGCCAUGGUUGUGCUUGGAAAUAGUUAUGAUGGGGUGGAUACUAAUUUAGGUGAGAUGGGGAAACAUUUGAGUUAUUUUGUGGAUGAGAUUAAGGAUUUGUAUGAAUUAAUGAGACAGGAGAAGCAGGAAAUUAAGGAUCAACAGGUUGAAAUUAUGAAGGUGAAUGAUAAGAUUACAAAGCAGUCUGAGAAAGUGUUGGAUAAUAUGGAUAUGAUUGAACUGAAUGUGAAUCAAUAUUGGCAAUCUUCUCAAAAUAUGGCAAUAGAUAUUCAAACCAAAAUCCAAUAUUCUUCAUUCAAUCUUGAUUUGUUAAAUAACUUGAUUGAUAAAUCAAUUGAUGAUUAUAUUCUACAAUCUCAAUAUAUCGAUAACCAAACUUCUAUAAUCCUACAUGAGAUUGCCAUCAAAUUUACACAAGAAUUAAAUCUAGCUGCUUCUGAAACCAUCCUUCAAUUUGAAGUAUUGUUGAGCAAAUCCCUAUCUAAUAUCAACAUCAAAAUCAAUCAGACUGAACAAUCUAUAGACGAUCUAAACACAAAUAUCAAUCAAGUAAUAGGAAUCUUUCAAGUCGGUUCCAGGAUGUUUGAAACUGGAUUAAAUUUCACCAUGGCAAUAACUCAACAUGCAAAAACAAUCCCAAGCAAAAUACAACAACUUGCACAAGUGUAUAUUGAUAAGUUUACAGGUGGGUUUCAAUUUGGAUAUAAUCUAUUUUUGAUUUUGUUAAUUUGGUCAAUAUUUAUCCUAUUUCAACCAUUGUGGAUUAGAGUGUAUAGAUUGAGUCCAAUGAAGUGGAUAGUUGAAUUGAUGGUUGAUAAUUGGUUUAAACUUGUUGCUGUUUGUUUAGGAGUUGGGUUAGCUUUGGGGUUUAUUCAUUUACUUGAUUUGGUUGCUGUUAAGUAA